UUGGAAUUAAGGCUCCAGGACCCAAGUAAGAGCAGUGGAGAUUCUAGCAGUGGCUAGAGCGGCAAGGCCGGCCUUUUGCUUUCUCGCCGAACGGCUGCUCACUUAAAAGCGUCAGUUCCGAUUCCUGGUGGGCAGGCUAAAGGAGGGAAGGAUGGUAAAAGGGGACAACGAGGUCGUGGCCGAGGCCGAAUUCCCUGAACAGUUCCGUUCCUACUCGGAGAAUGAAAAACACUGGCAGGCGCGGCGCGCCUUCAUCCUGCGCAAUGCCCCUCUGGAGGGCGGGGAGGCGCCCUCUCCGCUGCGUCUGGACCAGCUGCUCUCCCUCUCGAUGGUUUGGGCCAAUCAUCUCUUCCUGGGAUGCAGCUAUAACAAAGAUCUAUUGGAGAAGGUGAUAGAAAUGGCAAAUGGAAUUGAAGUUGAAGAUGUGCCACAUUUCACAACUCGUGAUGAAUUACUCAAAAGAAUCAAUACUAGUGCCUAGGAGAGAAGAAACACCAGGCUUUUGUUCUACUACACAAUCUGUUUAUAUUGAAAACUGAUCUGGAUACUUCAAACAUCACUUCUGAGAUGCAUUUUAGAUUAGACUGUUUUUUAUACUGGAUGCUUAGAGAUUAUGUACAGAUUUUGAUUAAUAUACAUAUAUUAAUCAGAUUAAGAGUGAAGAAAAGAAGACAAGUACUUAUGUUUAUUUAUCACUCUGCCCCCCC